GCUACUCCCAAAUUCUGUAUAACACUGUUACAUGGCUUUUACAAUUUCUCAUUUAAAACUUUUGGAGGUAUCUCCCUCAUCUUUCCCAGUCAGGGGGCACUGAGGAUGAGUUAGGCCACAUGACACUCUCAGGCCCCUCACUACCACUUGCCAGUGGAACUGGAAUCAAGGGAAGCAGUGGGUGGAAAUGUCUGGGCCAGCAGUUGCGUUUCCUUCCCCCUGGUACUUGUGAGACACUCGCCCCGGUGCCGGCAGGGGCAGAGCGAUGGCUUUGUGGCCGGCCACAGAGCCCAGAGUGGAACUGGGGUAAACUGAGGCCCUCCCACCAUUGCCAGAACCGUGACUUUGGCCCUGAGUGGGUUCCUCCCGAGGGCAAGGAGAAGAUGGGCCUGGCCCGGGAAGGAGGACUUGUUCCCUUGACAUUGCCAGAGGAUUCCUUUCAGAACAGAUUCAGGAUGGUCACCAGGACCCCGCCCAGACUCCUGGAACUGGCGGCCAAGAGCCUGCUGAAGGACGAGGACUUGGCGAUCGCUGCUCUGGAGUAUCUGCCCACAGAGCUCUUCCCACUGCUGUUCAUGGAGGCCCUGGCUGGGAGGUGCGACAAGACACUGAAGGCGACGGUGCGGGCCUGGCCCUUUGCCCGCCUCCCUCUGGGGGGCCUGACACAGAUGCCUCACCAGAAGGCCUUACAAGCCGUGCUCGAUGGGCUUGACUGCCUGCUUGCCCGGAAGGUUCGGCCCAGGAGGUGGAAACUGCGGGUGCUGGAUUUACGGAAUGCCAGUCGGAACUUCUGGAGCAUGUGGUCUGGAGCCAGGGUCCACGAGUGCCCGCUGACGGGACCCGUGGCAGAGGACAGCUUAAGGAUGAAGGGGCCCUCGGGUCCCUUGACAGUGUUCGUAGACCUCUGCCUCAGGGAAAGGACCCUGGAUGAACGCCUGGCCAACCUCAUUAGGUGGGCCAGACGGAGGAGAUCGCUACACCUGUGCUGUAAGAAGGUGACGAUUUUCGGGAUGCCCGUCCAAAAUAUUAAGGAGGUCCUGAAUCUGGUGCAGCUGGGCUGUGUCCUGGAGGUGGAGGUGCAUCUCACCUGGCAGCUGUCGACCCUGGGGAAGUUUGCUCCUUACCUGGGCCGGAUGAGUAACGUGCAGAGACUCGUCCUCUCCCAUAUCCACAAGCCCUCCUCCUCCUCCGAGGAAAAGCACAUUGGCCGAUUCACCUCCCAGCUUCUCCGGCUGCGCCACCUGCGGAAGCUCCGUAUGGAAUCUCCCGCCUUCCUCGAGGGCUGCCUGGGCCAGAUGCUCAGGUGCCUGAAGAGCCCCUUGGAGGCCCUCUCCAUAACCAACUGCCAGCUUACAGAAUCAGACUUGGCAUGCCUGUCCCAGUGCCCAAGCAUCAGUCAGCUGAAGGAGCUGGAUCUGAGUGGCCUCAGCCUGGCCUGUUUUAGUCCCAAGCCCCUCCAAGUUCUGCUCGAGACAGUGGCAGCCACCGUCCAGGACCUGGUACUAGAAUAUUGUGGACUCUCGGACACCCACCUGGAGGCCAUCCUGCCGGCCCUCAGCCGCUGCCACCAGCUCCAGACGUUCAGUGUCCGCGGGAACCACCUCUCCAUGGCCCUGAUGGAGAGGUUGCUGCAUCACACCUCUGGGCUGAGCCGCCUGAGCCUCGAGCUGUAUCCUGCCCCUCUGGAGAGUUACAGCAGUCGGGGGAUCAUCCACCCAGGGAGGUUUGCCCAGGCUCAGGCUGAGCUGCUGGGCAUUCUGAAGGACUUAGGACUGCCCCGGACCAUCUGGCUUAGAACUAACCCCUGUCCUCACUGUGGCAGCAAGAUAGUCUAUGAUUCGGACCCCUUUGUGUCCUGCUAAUGGCCUGACUAGUUGAGUGCAUCCACCAGAAAUUUCCUUCUGGGCACUAGGAGAUGGAAAUCUAGGCUAUAGGUAUAUCAUACAUAAAGGGGAACACAGACCCACGAUUUCAGACAUCUGCUCAGUGUGAAUGGGGAAAGGACAGGUGAUCCAGGACUGCAGGGUGCUGGGUGGAGGAAAAGUGACCUGGGGAGCUGCUGGGACCUCCAGGGACCUGUGUCUUAUAGAGUCAGAAACGUGACUGUUUCUGGAGGGGGAUUUGAGCCUGAGACCCACGCGUGGGUCUCAUCCCUGGGUGGAGGGUUGUAAAGAAAAGGUAGGAAAUAAAUAACCUUGGUGUGAACUCU